UACCAGAAAAAAAAACCCCAAAAAAACCAGACUUUCUUUCCAAUGAUGCCUCUGCUAACUCCGGCCGCAAACGGCGGCGGCGCGGUGCUCUCCUCCUCCCACCACUGCUCCCUCAAAUCCGUCCACCCCGUCGCCCCCCUCUUCUCCAAACGCCGCCCCACUUUCUCCGCCUCCCGCGCCCUCAAACCCCUCACGCUCGCCAACGCCGCCGACUCCUCCUCCGGCGCCUCCGCCAAGCCCUCCGCCGCCUCCACCUCCUCCUCCUCCGCCCCUUUCGACGACCAGGGCUCCGCCCCGACUCCCAUCUCGCUCGUGGGCCAGGAAAAUGUCCCCCUCGAAGGCGUGAUUCAGUUCGAGAAGCCGGAUUCCUCUUCUCGUCUCGCCAAAUGGGGUCUUGUGGCUGCGUUAGCUGGCGGCGAUGUUGCAAUGUUGUUGUUGUUUGCGGCAAUUGGGAGGUCUAGCCAUGGAUUGCCUGUUUUCGAUUUUGAAACCUUCAAAACAGCCGACCCUUUCAUUGCAGGGUGGUUUUUGAGUGCAUACUUUCUUGGGGGAUUCAGCAAGGAAGGCAGAGGGAAGAAUGGUUUACAGAGUGCUGUUGUUGCAGCUGCGAAAUCCUGGUCUUUGGGGAUUCCGUUGGGAAUAAUCAUAAGAGCACUCUCCAUUGGCCAUCCGCCACCAACGAACUUCAUGCUGGUUACCAUGGGAAGCACAGCCGUUUUACUUAUUGGAUGGCGAGCAUUAUUCUUUACCAUUUUCCCCUCCGACAAGGGCAAGAAGAACGACGUAUACAAGCGUGGCAGCCCUUUCGAACUGUUUGAGUUGCUUACAUCGUUGGUGAGAAGAUGGUGAUGAGCAGAGCAAUUCUUUAGAGAGUCUAACUGUGAUCAUAUUUCCUCCUUGGAGGUAACUUGUUGUGAUUCCCUCCUUUUACAUUUAAAAGAGAGGGAAAGUGUAAAUGAAGAGAAGUUUUGAUAUCUGUAUUGAUACACAUUUUUUAUAUCUAGUUUAUACUACUACUUUUCAUACA